AAGAAUGUUUUCAAAACAGGAAACUAUGGCAUCAAACAUCGUAAGAAUUUGUGAUGUAUAAACGAGUAAAGUUGCCAAAACACCGGUUUUUCAUUUCCUCAGUAUCUAUUCACAUCUAAAAAUAAUUCAUAAUAUUUCUGAAAACACUUGCAUUCGUUACGCAAACAUGUCAAUUUUUAUUAGCCUCUGCAAUAAAGCAAGAUUUCAUUCAGUUAUCUGUGCGAUCGUAGAGAGAGAAUAUGUACAAGUAGCAAGUGUCAAAGGUGAUUUCGUUAUAUAGGAGCUACGAAAAGGCAUAAAUAAACAUUCAUUGAGAUACAUAUGACGAUGAUUUCUGCCAUUGCAUCGUCCAGUCGAUGUUCGGCUCCAUGUAAACCGUCGUCAGCAUCACCUUCAUACAAAGUUAAGAGGAAAAAAAGUAUUGAAGAUGAGAGAAAACAGAGUUUCGAAGUUGAUGGCGGUAAACGUUUUGAUAUCGAUGGAGCAAAACAUAUUUCAGAAAAGGACCGAGAAGCUUUCUUGUCGUAUGGUUUAUUCAACAUAGUAGCGGGAAAACGAACAGCAGAAUUACUGGAAAAACACCAUCGUCAUGAGCAUGAUGAACAUGGUAGACGAGGAUCAUGCACAAGUCGUCGAUGUUCUGAACCGGAAAUACUACGCCAUUCAGCCAAACACGAGUUUCUGAUUACUCCACCUAAACGUGAAAACUCUUUUGAGAAGCACCAGACACCCAAAGAAAUGUAUUCGUCUCAAAAACAUUUAUUAGAUGUGAGACCAGUAUCGUCCGAAAAACGCAGUUUGAAGAAAGCUGCAAAAACAACAAGUCGUAAUCUACAGGAAUUCUUCAAAAAGUUAUGAGACCAUCCAUUGCACACAUAUGCUUAUCAUUUAUUACUGAUGACUUGUGGAUCAAUAAUUACAAAAUGCAUAGUUCAUUACAAGUAAACAUGUAUUUACGAACAAUAUUUUGAUUAUAUAUAACAUUAACAUAACCUAAGAACACUUCCUAGAUCAUAUAGUGUGGCUUCAAUAUCACGAUUUCAUCAAAUCAGCAUUGAUGGUGGUCAAUAAAGAAGCAGUGCGUUAACAGUUUUCAAUGGCGUGCUCGUGUCUGAAAAGUGUUAAGGAUACACACCAUUUGUACAUAAACUCAUUUUCAUAAACAAAUGAGGAUGGUAAUUUGUUGUAUAAUUAAUAAACUUGUAAAUCAUAGCAUAUCAAAGCAAGCCUUAUAUAUAAAGAAUUGGUACAUUUUUGUUAUGAAGUUGUGUGGAUUUGUUCGAAUGGAGUCAUUUCAUAAGUCUCAUUGGAGCUUUCCCGCUCUCUAGAAACAUUGGGCAUGACACGGGUUAUGUUCUUCUCAUAUAUGUUAUGAUGGUAUGAUACUAAACCCCUAACGGGAAGGAUUGUGCCUGAUAUUCAUAUGAUGAAGACAUAAUCUUUCAAUCAGUUUAAUUGAAGUCUGGAGCUGGCAUGUCAGUUAACUGCUAGUAGUCUGUUGUUAUUUAUGUAUUAUUGUCAUUUUGUUUAUUUUCUUUGGUUACAUCUUCUGACAUCAGACUCGGACUUCUCUUGAACUGAAUUUUAAUGUGCGUAUUGUUAUGCGUUUACUUUUCUACAUUGGCUAGAGGUAUAGGGGGAGGGUUGAGAUCUCAUAAACAUAUUUAACCCCGCCGCAUUUUUGCGCCUGUCCCAAGUCAGGAGCCUCUAGCCUUUGUCAGUCUUGUAUUAUUUUUAAUUUUAGUUUCUUGUGUACAAUUUGGAGUUUAGUAUGGCGUUCAUUGUGACUGAACUAGUAUAUAUAUUUGUUUAGGGGCCAGCUGAAGGACGCCUCCGGGUGCGGGAAUUUCUCGCUGCAUUGAAGACCUGUCGGUGACCUUCUGCUGUUGUCUGUUCUAUGGUCGGAUUGUUGUCUCUUUGACACAUUCCCCAUUUCCAUUCUCAAUUUUAUUAUUGACAAAGGGAAAUUGUAGCCUUAUCCUCUGAACAAGUUAUAUGUGUUGGUUAAAAUGGGACAAAGAAGAAAUAUUUCACUCUUAACAAAGCAUGAAAAGUUUAAAGUAAAUGUAUUUUCUGCUGCACUGAUAGUUGAAAAAUUAAUAUUGAAACUGUGAGGAAAAAAAGUCAGCUACUGAUGCAAGUUCUGUGCUUACAAUUAUUCAACGAGUGUUUGCUUUUUUACACUAUUUCGAGUGAAAUCCGCAAUUAAAGAAAUCAUUUGUAAUUCAUUUAAAAACAAGAUUUGUUAAUACCUAAAAAGUGUGGAAAAUUCAGGACUUUCGUAAGUUUUUAUUUCUCAUUUUGAGAAAUCAAAAAUUCUACUCUUAUCGUCUUUGCAAAUAAAUGUUUACUCUUUUCAGAUAUUUUAUCAUGGUUACGCCAUGUCUCGACUUUUUCGAGCCUAGCAAUCAAUUACGACUAUUACAGUUGAAAAUGAUCCUGUUUAGGUAGGUUAAUGUGAAUACUGUUCGAAAAUAUGCUUUAAUGUAUACAGUUUAAAAAAAAAUAUGUAAAAAUUCACAUGUUUUAUUGUCAGCUAUUUGAUGUUAAAUGCUGGAACAAAUGUACCAGUAAAUAUCUUUCAUUGCUUUUAA